CUGCAUACCAAGCAACUAGUCACUUCAUUUUUCUGUUUGCCAACGCAGUCUGUCAUAGGUUCAUCGACGCCUUAUAUACCAGUAAUUCAUGAGUGACCAUAAUUUCCUUCAUGUCAAGUUUCGGACUACUUGCGCAGUCGGAAGCCAGCGGUCGAAUCCGCCUCGUUGCAAUGGACGAUGUCCAGUUCGCUGCUUUCAGUCAGCAGCUGUCUGCAAUUGGUACUAGGGAUCUCGCUGGAUGCUCUGUGGUGGCCAUCACAUCGCCAUAUGGUGCAAUUCUUGCCCAUAUUCCUCCAGUGCCAUAUGCUACACAAGACCCAUAUGCCGGAGACCGACAUGUUCAGGAAAUGAUGAUCCGAGUUCAGAGCCUGUACACUCAGCACAGGAGCUACUUCCCAGCCGCGAAUACCUUUGUUGUUUGUGCUGUAUAUGAAGGAGAGGUAGCACUUCCUGACCAGAAACGAAUCAUCGAGACACAUGUACAACAGAUGGGCCUUACUUUCCGUCCCGUCCAUUAUGUUACCCCCCGAAACCCUUUGAACCCUGGACAUGGGACGGUCCUUGUGGAUGCAGUCAACGUUUCUGGCCAAAUGCCAGCAGUGUAUAUUGAAGACAGACCAGUCCCUGACCAUCAGCAGCCCUCUGAGUGGGUAUGGGAUGAGGCAUACCGGCGUUUUAGACGAUAUGUGAACGGUCAAUGGGAGUGGGCUUCUUAAAGUUGAUGAAACGAG